AUGUCAUUACGACUUCCGAGUCAAAACAAAUUCAGACCGACAUUCAAGCCAGGUCAAAAGAAAGCUCCCCCUGUUCGACCAUCUGCCAAUACUCCCGCAUCCAGUCAGCAGACCAUAGCCCCCUCCUUCUCUCAACCUCUACCAUCGUCUCAGAAAUCAGCACCCUCAUCCUCUCAGCCUUCUGCGCCUUCUUCCUUUGCGUCUCAACCUUCAGCUACAACUCCUACUGCAAGCACACAGAGCACAGCUCCGCCCGACAGCUCCCCUCAACCGACCCAAUCUACCAACCUGGUACCCAAAGCUAUCCCAUCUUCGCAGAUCCGAGCUAUACUAUCAAAUAAAUCAAGCACACCGAAUGUCACUAUUCCGACCCAGAGUAGUCCUGUCACACCUUCUGUGACUGUCAAGCUGAACGAAGCAAGCUCAGCUCCAUCUUCAAGCGCUACGGUCGUCCCCAUCCCCGCACCACCUACCCCUCAAUCAACAACAGCAAACCCGUCCUCGCAGACCACUAGUAGCCCAAAAACAACCAAAACUCCAUUGGGCCCUCCUCCGCCCCCCUCGCCAGUUUCAGCUCCCCGGUUAUCUCUCCUUGACGCAGCUCGAAAUCACACUUCCGAUACUCCCUCACCAGGUCAAAUCCGACGUCGCACACCAUCAAUCGCAUCUCGUUCUGAGCGCGCUCCAUCUGCUACACCACAACCUCAGCAAGCAUCCUCAGUAGCUCCCUCAAUCCGAGGAUCAUCGGUCACACCCCAAAACCCACGCGAACCCUCUGCUACACCUCAACCGCCAUCAUCGUUUGGCGCACCUCCAUCUUUGGGCGUUGCGCCUUCUCCUCGCCAACCUACAUCACGUCUUCCUCCUUCUUUAGGUGUAUCGUACGGCUCUGGAUUCCCACCUUCUCUUGGAACCACUUCACCGGCGCCAGCUCCUGCUCCCGUCGCAUCUCCAUCACGAGCAGAGGCUGAAGCAUUGGCUGCUGCUGCAGUAGGUACUAUCGGUCGAAUAGGAACGCAUCACACUUCGAAACGUCCAGCACGGCAAGGAGGUCGAAGGAGGGUGGCCAACAGUGCUUCUACAGGCUCGAAAACGAACGUACCCGUUGUGGAGAUUCCCAAUUCUAGAGCGACUAAGAAAGCUCCCAGAGUGGUCCGAGAGAAUACCGAAGAUAGGAGGACAAGCGAGGAAGAAGAAGAAGAAGAAGUGGAAAUUGAAGACCAAAGCGAUGCAGGUACAAACACGGGGGGGAAGAGGAGAUCCUCCGCUCAACUGACAGAAGAUGAAGAUGGACGACCUAUCAAGCGUCAAAAGAAAAAGAAACAGAAGAAAGCACCUGGAGUAGCUACCAUCUCCUUACAGGAUAUUCAACCCGAUGAACUAGUUGGAGAUCAGGUGGACGAAGUGGUCAUUACGAUGGGAGAUCUAGCUACAACUCUAGCUGCUCAGGGGAGAGUCUCGUCGAGGGCAAUCAGGAUAGACGAACAUAGACGAGAGGAGGACCAAAAGAAGAAAGAAGCUUCCAGACUUAGAGCUGAACAUGCCUGGAGAAGGGAUCAAAUCAAGAGAAGGAAAGUACGACAUACCAAGAAUAGGGAUCGGGCGAGAAGGCGAGAAGAGCUGGGUAAAUUGGGGAUGGAUGAGGGGAUUGUCAGUCCGGAUGAAGAUGAUUCGGAGGAAGAGUUUGAACCUGAACCUGAGAGGUUGACACCUGAAUCCACGCCUGAGCCUGACGCUCGAAGAGAAGAGUCGACAAGACUACAGGGAGAGGGAGAAGGAGAGUGGGAUGAAGAUGGAGAAGAAUACAAUGAUGUUCCUGUGGAUAAUAAUGUUGUACCAUCAUUUAUGGAUGGCGAGGACGAGGGUGGAAGUCAAGCAGGAGAGGAAGGAGAAGGAGACGACGAUGGAGGCGCAGAAUUGACUGCGGAGGAUAUAGCUGCUCAGGAAGAGGCUGAUGCCGAUAUGGCGGCAUUACGAGAAUUAGGGAUAAACAUUGUAGAUGAUGCAGGAGAAGGAGUAGAUGGAGAAGAAGAUUAUGAAGAACCUAAUUGGGAGGUUGAAGAUGAUGAUUAUCCUGAUAUCGAGGGAUAUCGAAGAGAUUUGGAGAGGGAUAGAAGAAGGAUUAGAGAACAGCAGGAAAGGGGUGAUGGGGAAGUGGUUGAGAUUAACGAUGAAACUAGGUUCAUCAAUGCUGCUAGUUUUGCCAAAUAUACUAAACCCCAACGAUGGACUACGACGGAGACUGAGUUGUUCUAUCAGGUGUUAGAAGAAACGGGUGAAAAUUAUUCAUUGAUGAAAGCUUAUUUCCCUGGACGAACUAUCAAACAGCUCAAGUUGAAAGGGUUGAAAGAGAAUAGGCUUAAUCCUGAUAAGAUGACUGCUGCUAUCUUAGCUAGAAGACCUUUAGAUAAAGAAUAUUUGACCAAAUCAUCAGGGUUUGAUUCCACCCGACCGUGGGAUAAGGAAGAAGCGUUAUUUGAAGAAGCUAAGAAUGAUGCGGAUAGAUUGAAGCGGUUGGAUAGUAUGAGACCUGAUGGCGAGAUUGAGGAAGUUGAUGAAGGUGAAGGUGGAGAAGGUGGAUUUGAUGAGACGAUGCUUCAGGAAUUAGACGCAGAGGAAGAUGUAGGUGAAGAACAGGAUGAAGAAGAAAAGGAUGGUGAGGAUGAAGAGCAAGUAAAUUAUCAGGAUAAUGAGGAAGAGUACUGA